CCUGCGAGGGGUGAGCCUCUCGGUGCUAGGCGCCGUUGCUAGGGCGACGGUUAGGCAGGAGCGGCGGCAGCAAGGCUGGGAAGCUGCUUGAAACCCCGGGGUUGGAGCGACCGCUGCGGCGAUGGCUCACGAAGGCUCGAGGCAGAUCCGGGACCGCGGGGUGACCCGAUCCAAGGCGGAAAAGGCGCGACCGCCUACGGUUCAGGUACCACAGGUGGACAUCGUGCCUGGGCGGCUCACGGAAGCGGAAUGGAUGGCGUUCACGGCCCUCGAGGAGGGAGAGGAUGUUGUGGGGGACAUCUUGGCUGAUCUGAUGACGCGAGUAAUGGACUCUGCCUUCAAAGUCUACCUGACCCAGCAGUGCAUUCCAUUCACCAUCAGUCAGGCCCGGGAGGCGAUGUUGCAGAUCACCGAGUGGCGCUUCCUGGCCAGGGACGAGGGAGAAUCUGCAGUGGCCGAGGACCCCACGUGGGGCGAGGACGAGGAACCUUUGGCAUGCACGACGGAUGCCUGGGCUCAGGGAUCAGUGCCCGUGCUGCAAGCGCCCGCCUCUGUGGGGCUGGAGGAGAUCUUCCAAGGCGAAGACCGAGGGAGCGUGGACCAGAUCUCUUUAGGAAGAUCGUGGACGGCGAGAGGCUCUCAGGAGCAGAUGGAAUCUUGGGAGCCUUCUCCAGAGCUGCGAGUCACUCCGGGCCCCCCACCUACCCCAGAGCUGUUUCAGGAGACAGGGACCGAGGGCCUUUUAGAGGAACUGGACGUCCAGGCCGGAGACCAUCAGUCUUCGGCUGGAUCCUUGAACUCGAGCAGCCAGCUGUCGGUGGAGAUGGCUCUCGACGGCAGUCCCCCACCUUUUCCGGAUCUGUCCCAGGUAGCCAGCACCCAGGCAUCAGCCCAGAGGGUACCGCCCCGCAGCUCCCAGUUCUCGCUGGAGGACCUCUAUCAUUGCACCGCCCAGCCGCACGCGGCUGGGGACUGGCUGAAGCUCAAGAAGGAGAAAGUGCCCCGCAUGGACGGCCCCUCCUCCUCAUUCGAGCCACAGGAGCCUAGGUGCGCGGACGCGCUGCGGGGCGCGCGUCACUACAGGGUGGGACGCAUGGCCCGGGCGCGCCUGGACCCCGCGCGGCUGCCGCGCCACUGGGUGCGCCCGCUGGCUGAGGUUCUGGUUCCAGACUUCGAGGCGCGCCCGCUGGAAGCCUACCGCGGGAGCAAGAGGGGCGGGAAGACCGAGGCUCGGGCCAGACCCCUAGCACCGGGCCCCGGUGUCCGCGUCUCCCCGACAGUUUUCUUUUCUCUCUCGCCUAGUGCUCCUUUCCGUGUCUUGGGCCCGGGCCCUGCUCUCCAAUCCCCCUCUUUGAGCUUAGGCCCACCGCCGCCAGGCUUUGGGUCAAAGUUGGCCUUUCCCAGCCCUGGGCUUCGCUUUCUUGCCACCCACCCAACCCUCCAGGAUCUGGCCCGGAGCCCCAGCCCUAAACAGUGGCCAGGUGCCAAGUGGCCCAGUGGCUGGGAGGGGGCGGCUGAGUUGCUGGGCGAGAUGUGGGUAGGCCGCUGCCACGUACCUCUGCAUGGCCUUCAUCCCAGGGACCUGGAGGGUCAGGAUCCACACAGGUGGCCUCAGACGGCAUCCCAAGUCCUUGAGGCCACAUCCCAGGUGAUGUGGAAGCCCAUGUUGCUGCCUGAGGCAGUGAAGCUGGCUCCUGGUGUGAGCUUGUGGAACCCAACCACCCAGGUGCUGCUCAGAUCUGCAGUAUCCCAGCAGGCAGACACAGAAGGCAGCAUCUCUCUUCCCAUCCAGCAGCACCCCAUCCAGACUGGUGCCCCAAAGCCUCAGGUGACCAUGAGACAGCUAACGAAGAACUCAACACCCAAAGUGUGGCCACUCCUCUCCAAGGACCUGACGCAUUCUGGGUCCUGAAGCUCAGCCAGUACUUUCCUUCUUUCUACUUGCCAGAAUAAACACCUCAGUUGCUUUAA